CACAAAGGAGAGAAGCUGAAUAAAAAUGUCAAGUUGGGAAAGAGCUUUGGGCAGACCUCAAACAUUUCUAUGUCGCCAACGCUCCAUGCAGGGGAGAUGCUGUACAGCUGCCCAGACUGCAGCAAAACCUUUAAGAUCAAAUCCAAUUUCGUGAAGCAUCGGGCGAUGCACGCCAAGGUGAAGCCCUACAGAUGUUCCGAGUGCGGGAAGAGCUUUGGACAGAGCGCGGGCCUGAUUUCCCACGAACGGGUUCACACGGGAGAGAAACCGUACAGAUGCUCGGAGUGCGGGAAGAGAUUCAGUCACAAACUGAGCCUCGAUAUCCACGAGCGCGUCCACAGGGGGGAGAGGCCCUAUCAGUGCUCGGAGUGUAGCAAGAGCUUUUGCGACAAAUCGAACCUGACCAAGCACAAGAGAAUCCACACGGGGGAGAAACCCUACCAGUGCUCGGAGUGCGGGAAGAGCUUCAAUCGGAGCACAGCCCUCACUUCGCAUCAGAGAACCCACACGCAGGAGAAGCCGUACGAAUGCUCCGAGUGCGGGAGAAGCUUCAGUCAGCGCGCAACCCUUCUGUCGCACCAGAGAAUUCAUAUGGCAGAAAAUCCAUUGAAAUGCCUGCAAUGUGGAAAAGCCCUUCAUCAGACUUCACACCUUUCUGUACAUCAAAGAAGCCACACAGGGGAGAAAACAUAUAAGUCUUUGGAGUGUGGGAAAAGCUGCAGUCAGAGUAGAUUACUUACUUCCCUUCAAAGAAUUCACACAGGAGGAAAACCAUGUAAAAGCCAGGACUGUGGGAAAAGGAUUAGACAGAGUGGUCAUGUUUCUGUUCAUGAUAGAAUUCACACAGGGGAGAAAAGAUAUAAAUGCCUGGUGUGUGGAAAAAGAUUCACUCUCAGUACGACCCUUACACUCCAUCAGAAAAUUCACACAGGAGAGAAACCAUAUAAAUGCCAGGUGUGUGGGAAAAGCUUCAGUUACUAUAAUUACCUUACUUCCCAUCAAAGAAUCCAUACAGGGGAGAAACCAUAUAAAUGCCAGGAGUGUGGGAAAAGCUUCCGUUGGCCUGGAAACCUUAGUUCCCAUCGAAGAAUUCACUGCAGGGAGAAAAGAUUUAAAUGCCUGGUGUGUGGAAAAAGAUUCACUCACAGUACAAGCCAUAAACUCCAUCAAAGAAUUCACACGGGAGAGAAACCAUAUAAAUGCCAGGAGUGUGGAAAAAGCUUCCCUUUCAGUGCAAGCCUUACUUUCCAUCAAAUAAUUCAUACAGGGGAGAAGACAUAUAAAUGUUUGGAGUGUGGAAAAAGUUUCGCUUACCCUGGAAAGCUUACUUCCCAUCAAAGAAUUCACACAGGGGAGAAACCAUAUCAAUGCCAGGUGUGUGGGAAAAGCUUCAGUCACAGUGGCAACCUUACUGUCCAUCAAAGAAUUCAUACAGGGGAAAAAAGAUAUAAAUGCCAGGAGUGUGGAAAAAGCUUCACUUCCAAUGGAGAGCUUCAUUCCCAUCAAAGAAUUCACACAGGGGAGAAACCAUAUAAAUGCCAAGAGUGUGGACAAAGUUUCCGUCACAGGGGAUAUCUGACUGUCCAUCAAAGGAUUCACACAGGGGAGAAACCAUAUAAAUGCCUGGAGUGUGGAAAAGGCUUCAUUCACAGUGCAAACCUUACUGCUCAUCAAAGAAUUCACACAGGAGAGAAACCGUAUAAAUGCCUGGAGUGUGGGAAAAGCUUCAGUCGCCCUGGAAACCUUAGUUCCCAUAGAAGAAUUCACACCGGGGAGAAAAGAUUUAAAUGCCUGGUGUGUGGAAAAAGCUUCACUCAGAGUAUGAGCCUUACACUCCAUCAAAGAAUUCAUACAGGAGAGAAACCGUAUAAAUGCCAGGAGUGUGGAAAAAGCUUCCCUUGCAGUGGACGCCUUACUGUCCAUCAAAGAAUUCACACAGGGGAGAAACCAUAUAAAUGCCAAGAGUGUGGUCAAAGCUUUGCUUACCGUGGAUACCUGACUGUCCAUCAAAGAAUUCACACAGGGGAGAAACCAUAUAAAUGCCAAGAGUGUGGUCAAAGCUUUGCUUACCGUGGAUACCUGACUGUCCAUCAAAGAACUCACACAGGGGAGAAACCAUAUCAAUGCCAGGAGUGUGGAAAAAGAUUCACUCACAGUAGCAACUUUACUCUCCAUCAGAGAAUUCACACAGAGGAGAAGAAAUAUAAAUGUCUGGAGUGUGGGAAAAGCUUCCGUUUGCCUGGAACCCUUGCAUCCCAUCAAAGGAUUCACACAGGGGAGAAACCAUAUAAAUGCCAAGAGUGUGGACAAAGUUUCCGCCGUAGUGGAGACCUGAGUGUCCAUCAAAGAAUUCACACAGGAGAGAAACCAUAUAAAUGCCGGGAGUGUGGGAAAAGCUUCAGUCGCAGUCAUCACCUUACUUCCCAUCAACGAACACACACAGGGGAGUAUCCAUAUAAAUGCCUGGAGUGUGGGAAAAGCUUCAGUCGCAGGAAUUACCUUACUUCCCAUCAAAGAAUUCACACAGGAGAAAAACCAUAUAAAUGCUUGGAGUGUGGACAAAGUUUCACUCGCAGUAGAUACCUUACUGCCCAUCAAAGAGUUCACACAGGGGAGAAACCAUAUAAAUGCCAGGAGUGUGGAAAAAGCUUCAGUCACAGUGCAAAUCUUUCUGUGCACCAAAGAAUUCACACAGGGGAAAAAAGAUAUAAAUGCCUGGUGUGUGGGAAAAGCUUCACUCAGAAUGAGAGCCUUACACUCCAUCAAAGAACUCACACAGGAGAGAAACCGUAUAAGUGCCAGGAGUGUGGGAAAAGCUUUACUUGCACUGGAAGCCUUACUGUCCAUCAAAGAAUUCACACAGGGGAGAAACCAUACAAAUGUGAACAGUGUGGACAAAGUUUUCGUCUUAGAGGACUCCUGACUGUCCAUCAAAGAGUUCACACAGGGGAGGAACCAUAUAAAUGCUUGGAGUGUGGACAGAGCUUCACUCGCAGUGGAUACCUUACUGUCCAUCAAAGAAUUCACAAAGGGGAGAAACCAUAUAAAUGCCAGGAGUGUGGAAAAAGCUUCAGUCACAGUUCAAACCUUUCUGCACACCAAAGAAUUCACACAGGGGAGAAAAGAUAUAAAUGCUUGGUGUGUGGGAAAAGCUUCAUUCAGAGUAACAGCCUUAUACGCCAUCAAAGAACUCACACAGGAGAGAAACCGUAUAAAUGCCAGGAGUGCGGGAAAAGCUUCACUUGCAGUGGAAGCCUUACUAUCCAUCAAAGAAUUCACACAGGGGAAAAACCAUAUAAAUGCGAAGAGUGUGGACAAAGUUUCCGUCUUAGAGGAGUCCUGACUGUCCAUCAGAGAAUUCACACAGGGGAAAAACCAUAUAAAUGCAAAGAGUGUGAACAAAGCUUCACUCGGAGUGGAUACCUUACUGUCCAUCAAAGAACUCACACAGGUGAGAAACCAUAUAAAUGCCAGGAGUGUGGGAAAAGUUUCAGUUCCAAUGGCAAAUUCCAUCAAAGGAUUCACACAGGGGAGAAACCAUAUAAAUGCCAAGAGUGUGGACAAAGUUUCCGGCGUAGUGGAGACCUGACUGUCCAUCAAAGAGUUCACACAGGAGAGAAACCAUAUAAAUGCCUGGAGUGUGGGAAAAGCUUCCAUCAGAGUUCACAACUUACUUGCCAUCAAAGAACUCAUUCAGGAGAGAAACCGUAAAAAUUCUCGGAGUGUAGAAAAACAUUGCAUCAUGGGUUGUCCAGACACUGUUUGAACUUACAGGAGCAGAAUAAUUCCUUCAUUCUUGCCUUCUGGAUCUGUAUGAUGAAAUGGCCAAGCCAAGACCCAAGACCAUUACUCAAGCAACAAACUCUGUGGAUCAGGUGAUGGAACUGCGAGAGGUCCAAGGGAGAAAGUUUGUUAGGGCAGACAGCCAUUUUAAAGGAAUGGGCUGCAGUUCAGUUGUCCAUGGCCAAGGUUCAGCAACUUGCAGCUGAUAUUGUGAGGCCCUUCAGGAGAACUAAGUAGAUUCUGACAGUAUUGAAUUUAUACUAAAAAUGCAGAAGUGGUAACCCUUUUGUCCACAGAAGACCCUAUAGUGGCAAAUGCCUUACUUGAUUUCUUGAAUUUCCUGCAUUGUGCAGGGGGUUUGAC